AUGACUGUCGUCUUCUUCGGUUUCGGCAUUUUAUUACUUUACGGUUUUUAUAAGUUGAAGAACAACUUGUACUUCUUGUUGGCUGGGAUUGGUUCGGUUCUUGCUGCAUUAUUUUACAUGAUCAAUGUUUUGGUCACUAUUGGCCUAUUAAGACAAGAUAUCACGGAUAUUGUUGUGAACGAAAAAGCACUAAAACAGAUGUCUUGCAUCACAAAUGAUGAUUUAAAUCAUUUCUCAAUAUCAGUGAUAAGUGAACAUGAUAAAGCGAUGGGAAAAAAUCAACAAUUGAAAGGGAAACCGAUAAUAUCGAUUGAAAAUACAUCAGCGAUAUUAAUGAGUCAUCAAGAUGAUUUUCACCAUCUUAAAUCAUCAAUAUUUCAGGCAUCACUUCCUGCUGAUCAGCGAUUUGAAACAGAUCAACAUAUAAUCGAUUACAUUCGAGAGGAGCUAGAUCAACGUUUAGAUAAUGAAGUUAACAGACAUGACAAUAGCAGUACGAAUUAUAGCACUGGUCAUUGCACAAACAGUAACAGCACUGAUACUAUUGAUGAUGUUGUAAUGCUAGGAUCGCGAGAGCGGUACCGAUAUGCAUCAGCAAGAAACAAUAAUAUAUCAAAAUCUAGUGCUCGAUGUAAUCAGAAACUUCAGCAGCGGUCCACUAUAAUUUGGAAUCAAGUUAGUUCAAGACGUAAAGUUACACCGAUCCCAUUGUUUGCUCCUGCUGAAGCAGAAAAUCUGGAUGACAAUCAUAUUAUUGAACAUUUCAAUGCUCAUUUCUUGGCUACUCAAAAACAUGAUCCACUAAUCGUCCACAGAAUACCGAAUAAUGUGAAGUCAGAUACUACUCUACAUGUUAGCCGUCCAGUUGAGUUAUCCCAUCGACAACAUCAGCAUUUGCCUAACAAAACUGCUGAGGAAUGUGGAAUUAUUAUCGGGAGACAUUACUCGAAAGGAAAAGAUGAUAACUCCAGACCUAGCGACAACGAAAGAUUCUUGAACGAUAAUAGUAAAUCUGUCUCAUUUGUUGGACCAAUUUGCUAUUACAACAAUUCAGCGGCAGCAGAGAUAAAAAAUCUUGAUUUAGCCGUUCAGCCAGAGCUAUUUAUUGCAGAGGUACCGUCUCAAAAUAUUCGAAACUAUAGUCGCAGUGGUUCCGACGAUUCAAGCUCGCAGCAAAUGUCUAUCAUGGCAUUGCAUACUUAUGGUCGCCGGGGAAGUGGUCGAGGGAGUCAAAGAAGAUGCUAUUCGAAACAUGACAAUCGUCUUGGAUCGGGGGACAUUCAGCAUCCAUCUUAUACUACAUACGCUGAAUCAAAUGAUAAAGGCUCGCUAUCAUUUAAUAAUUACAGGAGUGAUAUCAGCGGUAGGCAAAAGAUAUCGAAUUUAUCACGAGAGCAAGAAUCGGUAGAUCCCUCUUGCAUGCCAUCGAUUGUAACAGCUAUUGAUUCAGGACGUGAAUCAGAUAUAAUUCGGAAAAACUCUCCGAAACGAACGAGUUCAAGAGACAGAAAGAUAAGAAAUAGAGGAUUUGAUAUGGUAAUCGGAACGCAAAGUGGUGGUGAACGUUUCGCAAGUCGACGAAGGACAUUGAGUGCUUCAUCCUCCUCAUAUGAUAAGCCUAUUGAAGCUUAUCUUGUCACGGAAUUUUGA